AUGGGCCACAUUNUAGCAAUUUUACCACCAGAAAAUGCUAAUGCAGGAGCAACAGAUGAAGAUUCUGGUGAAGUAGACGUUACCUUACAAAAUCUUCCAGGUUCUCAACUUAGAGCCGGGGCAGAAGUACAGUACGACAAGUCUUCUUCAGACAAAGAGGAUAACAUCCCGCUUUCUGAAUUUUUUAAAGUAAGACGAAAUGAAUCUAAUGAUGCCUCCAAUGCAGCUAGUUCUUCUGCCAUGAAAGUACCUACCGCAAUCACAAUUAUUACUACAAUGCAAUAUAGUGCAAGACAAACUUUUAGUNGGGAUAGAAAAUCGGAGAGACAGAUACUUGUGGGUUUUUCCGAGAAUGUGAAAGGAUACCGCAUCUAUGAUCCAAAAAGGAAUGCAGUAACCACCAGCAGAGAUGUUAUUGUGAUGGAAGGAGAGACAGGACUGACAGAUUCAGAUGAAGAUUCCAACAAUAUCUGGGUCCUGAAUAAUGAUGAAGCUGUGGUGUGUGCAGAGGAUAGGGAUUCAGUGGGGGAUGUGAAACAGCAAGAAUCCCUGAACUGUCCAACCACAGUAACUACAGUUACACAAUCUUCAGAAAGAGCAGAUGGUGGAGAAGCAACAAAUACUUCAGGUGUGAAUCCAGUUACUCAGACUCCAAAUACCAGGCCGAAGAGACAGAGGAGACCACCACAAAAGUAUGGUUUCACAAAUCUAUGUACUAGCAGUGCAGCAGAUAUGGAGGAGAUAGAUUUUGUGGAAGUCAUAAGUUAUAAUCUUCAUUAGCAUGGUAUGAAAGAGUAAAAGAUUGUUUAGUUAACAUAGGUUUCAAGAUUAGUAAUGAAACACAGUUUGAAUUUAAUAAGUUUAUUUUGUUAAGUGGGGGUAUUGAUAUUAGAACUUCUUGUAACAAAAUAUGUAUUAAAUAUUGUUUAUGGUAG